CCACAACAAAUCAGAGACGGCGAGAAACGUUGGAAGGCAUAUAUCCUCACUACUUAUAGCAUUAGAAUUCCUUGAAGAUGGUACGUGUGCGCGAAUUAUUUCUAUCGUCGGAGUACUAACGUCGCUUGGAGGUUUUCAUCCUAGGAAACUCGUUUGCCGAAAGGAUUUUGGUGAAGGUAAGACCUCCCCCUCAUCUCCCAUUGGCACUCCUAUAUUUUUGGUUCGCGUUCUUAUGGCAUAUAGAAAGCUCUGGAGUCAUUUUAUGGCUUGGGAAACCAGCAUUCUACACGCAUUAUGGCCAAGCAUUAUAUUCAUCCCACGGCGACAGUCGGUUCCUUGUCGCAGAAAACAGCCACCUCUCUGACUGCUGAACUUUCUACCAUGCCCCUGGAGACUGAAUUGAAACGAAGGCUUCAAGAUAACCUUGAAAGAAUGAGAACAAUGGGUACCUAUCGGGGAAGGAGGCAUGCCAUGGGUCUGCCGGUAAGAGGUCAGAACACAAAGGGUCAGGUAUGUAUAGACCUGCGGAGCGGGUAUGCAAAGCUGUAGAUACUAAUCGAUGGUAGAUAUCGACGGCCAGGAAGCUCAACAAAUUGCACAGAAAAGGAUGAAUGGUUUACUGGGAAUUUUUGUAAAAAUAAAACGGCAUUGUGGGCGCAUCUACAUGGUUAGGCAGGCUGUACGAAUAGUGAUGAUGAAAUUAACAAUGAAUCACGCUUCGGGCUCGAGGGCGUAAGGUUCCAGACAAUAUGGACAAUUGUAAAGGGUUGUUCUGAUUGUCCGUAAAGUCUUGAGAGAAGCAAGAACCUGUGUUUUCAGAACAACACCAGAAUAACAUAUGAAUGCUGGUAUGAUCACACGACUUUCAGAGCUUCGAAAUCUGCAAGUUACAGAGUACCACUGCGCGGAAAUAUUCAUGAAACAUUUCAAAGUUGAAUAUAACAGGUAAAUUCACAAUAUUUUUUUGAUAUCUUUCAACCUCGAUUGGAUCAUCGGAACUA